UUGAUAUACCGCCAUAGUUUGUGUAUUAAGACCGGAUUAGCACGAGUUUUUGAUAGUAUAUUGCCGAUUUGUCCCUUCAAACUUCAGCUUUAUCGCCAAAAUAUGUCUGACGAAGUGGAAACCGACGUUUUACGAUGAUUGCAUGUGUUUUUCUGCUGAGUAUCCUAUUUUCACAUGUUACUGGAAAGGAUAAAGCAAUAUUGGAAAUAGUUAUGCAUAAAAGUGAUCGCAAUGGAGUUUAUACUACAGAAGUAGAAAAACUACUCGGUCAUUUUACGACAGCAGGUUCCAUGGUCAGUGCAGAGGGUGAAGUUUUCCAGAUCCAUCCCUUGAGUAUCUGCAGCAAUGAACUCUCCACAGAGAAGUUUGAGUACGGAUGGGUUGGUGUGAUGAGAUUGGAACAAAUGGACACACCUUGCAUGUCACUUUUUCAGCAGGCAAUGAAAGCCAUAAGGAAUGGAGCCACAGCUGUUAUAUUUGACAUCUCAGAAGUCCCACAGGCAGCCAGACAGUUAGAGAAAUCACCAGAACUUCAGUUGGAGAGGCCAGUCAUCAUUAUACAGGGAGCUCAUGCCAAGAAAUUAAUGAACAUUAUCCGGACUGUCCAUGAUGCAAGAGCCAGAAUCAGGACCAAACAUGUGGAAGUCAACACAAGCAAUAACAAGGAAUAUUUUGACAUGUGGAUAUUUGUGGCAGUCUUUGUCCUUGUUUGCUUUAUUAUUGUAAUUAUAGUCAUUAAGUUGAAAUGGAGGUCAAGGGAAAGUCAGGUUUCAAUGCCAGAGUUGGCCAAGAGAGCAAUUUCAAAGUUAGAAACCAGAAAGUACAAGUUCCCAUCACCUAAAUUAUUAAGAGUUCCCUCCCCUGUGUCAGAUGUGUACAGCUACGGCUCGACUCUGGAGCAGUGUGCAAUUUGUCUGGAGGAGUAUAAAGAAAGCCAGAUUUUACGAGUCAUGCCAUGUUCACACGAGUUCCACAGAGACUGUGUUGACCCCUGGCUGGUCGCUAACAGAACAUGUCCGCUCUGCAUGUUCAACAUUGUUGCCAAUGAUACAGGGGAGCAACCUGUGCGCACCAGUGACAGACAAGACAAUCACAGCAAUACCCUGUAUGACCCCACUCCUCAUUCUGUUAACCUGCAAAGAAAUCCAAUUUAUGAUGUCUACCAGCAACUACCACACCCAAAUUACCUCCAGUACAUGCAACCCAGCAGUUCAGGAGAGAGAAAUCACAGGGCUCUCUCAGAUCAACCAGGACUUCACAGAAAACCCACUGUCCUGAUCCAUAAUGGCUGCCAUUCCUGUGAAGGGACAGUGGGUUCUUCUCAGUCAUCAGGGAGUUCUUUCUUGAGAGAGUACUGUCCAGCAUUAAACAAACAAUCUUUUCAGAGGCCAUGUAUGUACCAUAAUUAUCCAAAAUACUCAAAACAAACAUACCAUCAUAAACACUGUUGUUACAGAUAUAUGGAAAAGGGACUAGUGUUUCACUGUUCACACUCAGCACAUAGGAUACAUCACUGUUCAAUUUCCAAAUGUGUGUCCUCCUAUAAUCACCGGAAAGCUUGCUAUCAGCACCAGAGGAAGAGCUUUAAUGACUACAGUAGAAACAAAGUUUGUCCUUAUCGAUGUCCUCACUGUAAGCUUUCUGCCAAAGCAUGGGAAAGUGACUCCGAUAGCUCCUCUGCCGAAAGUGGAAAAAAUGUAAGCAUCAUGGCUGUUUAUGGCAGUUCUAGUAGUACGGAUAGUUCCCAAGGAAAUCCCAGUGUGGACAGUUUGGAGCAUGAAGUUUGUCGGUUGUGUAAUCCCCUGGAUAGCAAUCAUUCGACCUAUGGAAGUAGUGACCAAAGGGAAAUAACAGACAGCAGUAGUUGUGAUUCUAAUGUGUUUGUGGCGGUAGAUCAGACUAAUGGUAGUUCUCUUCCAUGUCCUCUGGAAAAUGUGCAGAUAAACAGUGAUAGUCUCUUACAGGGCAAUUCAAUUCUCAAGACUGUGACCACCACGCAGUGUUUGAAUUUUAACCCCGAGUGGGAGAAUGAAAACAUGUGUAGUUGUACUUCUAGUAAUAAUGAAGGGGAUGACCAUUCCAAGGAGAGUGACUCCACAUUAAAUUUGAGUGAAAUCAGUGGAACAUGUCCGAGUCUGACCAGUUCUGUUAACACUCUGGAUGGAAAUCAGCAGCUCUGUCAUUGUGAUUCUCCGGAUCUCUCGUUAAGUGAGAUUUCUGGAAUAAGUGCAUAUAUCAGUACUGAAAACCUUCACUCUGAAACUAGUCAUACUCUUGUAAAUGAACCUUUAAUACCAAAGACGGAGAAACAGGACGAUCGUAAACCAUGGUCUGUUUCUUGUGAGCACAUAGGUUCUUCAUCACAAUGUGAACCCCCAACCCCAUCAUUAAAUUACAUGAGAUUACAGGAAGCUUUUAGUUGCCCUGCAGAAAUGUGUUCAGCAGAACAAACUCUUGGUUGUGAUCAGGUUGUGAAUCCUAACUAUACAGGAUACACUGCAUCAACCAGUGGUCUCUCACUGCAGAAUCAGUUUCCUACUAGUUACCAGUCCAAUUUGCCAAAGCAGUCAAUGGUGAUAUACUCAGAACCAAAAGGUAUCUGCAAGGUGUCAACAGAAAUUCACCAACCACAGAACUUGCUGUAGAAAGUUACCAUAUCUUUUUGAAAUUGUUCUCAAUAUCAUUCAAAUUAUUUCAUUUUAAAAAAAGACACUAUGAUACCACUAACUGUUCUAUUGUAAUACAGUGGACAAUGAGAUAUACUCAGCAUAGUGUUCAAACAUCACUUGUUUCAGUACUCCUAUAUGCCUAUACUUCUUGAUGUUAAUUUACCUUUAAAAAAAUUGAAAUGAUAACAAUGGUGAUAUUACAGUUUUCACUGCAUUUUGGCAUAAAUUGCUUGGAAAACAAAAUGGUCUGCCUGCAAAGUGACUUGGAUAUAUGCAUGGGGUGUAAACAUUUACACAAAAUCUUGGACUAUUAAAUUAUUAGCAUUUUGCAUUUAUUACAUGUGCAUGUCAUGUGACAAAUAUAAACUUUGAACUCUAUAUGCUUCCAAUGUAGCUACCUCUUGUAUUGUACACAAUACUCUUUGUCCCCCUUAAUUUUCAUUUUUAAGGCCAGUAACACUCAUUUGUUUAACUCUACCAUCUAUCAUUACACACUAUGUACAAUAUUCACAUCACAGAUUAGUAAAAAUUAAUUGAGUAAAUAAAAUAAUGUAAAUACAUGCAUGUUCUGCCAUUUCGAAAAUUUUCAAAAUCUAUCUGUACCAUUCAGCAUUUUCAUUCAUGUAUUUGGUGUAUAUUUAAUUAUUACAUAUCAAACAUUGUGGCAAGGUUUUAAAAGUAUUUUUUUGAUACUCAGUGAUGGCAGAAAAUACAUUUUACCCUAAAAAUUCAAGCUAGCAUUCUCAGAUAUUGAAAUCUGACAGAGAUAUUUUUAUCUAGAUAUAGUUGCAGAUCUGUAGCUCACUGGUCUGAAAAUUUUUGGAUGACUGUCCAUCCUUAUUUUUUUUUUCAACCAAUGAAACACAAAUCUGCAGCUUAUCUAUAUACAGGUGGAUGCUUACCAGUCAAGUUCAAAGUUAUCAAGAGGUUGAAGUCAGAGGCAUUGCAAGAAAAAAAAAUGCACUGCCUUUGCAACGGGAAAUUUAUUCAUUAAUACAUGGAAAGUCCACCUUAGCAAAUCAAUAUUUGCCAGAAAGUUUGCCAUGCUAGCUUUAUUAAUUUUUAUAGAAAGAAAAUAAAGAUAAAAGUUUUGGUUUUGAGGUAUUUAAUACCAGAUAUGUGAAAUUAUAAUUUAUGAAAAUGACACAAAAUAGAUUACAUGCAUGCCCUUUGUAUUGAUGCAAAACACCUAUUAAAAAGGGCAUUUUUCUGUGUUUCAAUAGAAAGCAAAUCUUUCUGCUGAGUAAAUCCAUGUUUUUGAAAUCCAUGCAUUUUUUAAAUCCAUGUAAAUCCUGGCAAUGAUUAAAUUAAUUACAAUAUGUAGCUAUUGAUAUUGUUGAAGAGUAUGGAUGUUAUGAACCAUCAAGAUAUUGUAUUUUUGUUCAUGCAAUACAACAUUGU